AUGGCUCCGAAGCUCUCCUGGGAGGUUGGUUUGCCACUGGGUCAGUCUACAUACAUUGGACUUCAUUCCUUUGCAUUCAUGGUCCCAUACCCAACCUCCAAGUCCCCAUCCCUUUCUUUGACAACUCCCCUAGAAACGCUGUUGCAGUGGCGGCGUUCAUUGAGUUUUGCAUCUUUACAAAAGCAAUGUUUCGUCAGUGAUCUUAUCCCCCCUCCAGCCGCGGGGGGUCUAAGCUGCCAUCGGAUCGACGCUGCAAAGAAGAAGCUCGAUCCCCCUCCAUCUCUAAGUACUGUACCUGUCCGUGACCCAGCCGCGGCCGCCGCAAGCGCCUCUUUUGCUGCAUUGCAUUACAUUGCAUUGCCUGUUCCUGUUCUUCCAACAUGA